AUGGCUGAGCCGGUACCCCUAGAAACCUUCGAGCGCGCUCCUCCAGCCCGCUCCGGAGGCGGGCAGUCGUCGUCCUCCUUCGCGUAUCCUCCCGGACGGGCCGACGGCGAUGACGAGGAGCGACGGCGGCGUCAGCAGGAGCUUGCAGGGGACGAGGAGCUGGCCCGCAAUCUCGCGGCCCAGUUGCGCUUGACCUCCCCAGCAGAGACGACAGAAGCAGGUGGCCUGCAGUCAGAGGCCUUUCGGGACGACGACAGGCGGCUACCCCGAGUAGGAGACCGAGGCCCUGACAGUCCAUACAGAGGUGAUACAGACGACAGGAUCCCUGGAGUGGAGUAUCAUGCCAUGGACUCCGACACCGAGGAUGCCUUCUAUGCAGAACCUCCGAAGGCCGCCGGAUAUCAUCAUGUUAUCUGCAACGUCCUCGUCAACCUUUUCCGAUCAUCCGGGUGGGGCUCCCGCGUGCAGAAUGCCACAGACAUGAGGUUCAGGUGA